CAAGACAUCAUCUUUUAGGAAUAUAAGUACUGAAACAUGAUCUGUGAUAUAUGUUUCCAUUGUUUUAAAUCUCCCGUGAGAGAUAUUGUCAGCGCGUGUAUUAACAGCUAUCGUUCCUCUACGGUGUUUGUUGCGUUGUUUACUUCGCAUACUCUAAUCUGUUCACGGAAUUAGUUGGGGAACAUAACUACAAUCAUUUUAAUGUUCAUCAGUCUGCGAAUUUGUUAGUGGGAUAUGACGACAGAUUAUAGUGACAAUGCAUUAUCUGGCUUGAGUGAUGAUGACUUCAGUCAAAAUGUGAAGAAAGGUCUUUCAAACCACAACACUAAAGAGGAAAAUACAAGUACUUUCAAUACGAAUACCAGCCAUUUUGAGCAUCCUGGACAUAAGCAGGGCAGUGCACUUCAGCAGUUAUCCAGUCUUUUAGGCCAAACUAUGAGAUUGGAAAAUGUAGCCGAUUUAAAAGGUAGCCUUCCAACAAUCCCCAUAAAUGACCUGCGAGGUGAAGAAGCUGCUGCCUAUCAUCGUGAAGACUGUGUACUGAGACGCAGUCUGGCUGCACUAUAUCGUUUAAUAGAUAUGAGAGGAUGGACACACUCAAUAUAUAAUCAUAUAUCUGCAAGAUGCACUACAAAUCCGAAUCAUUUUUUGAUCAAUCCGUUUGGUUUACUGUACCACGAAAUUCAGGCAUCUAGUUUAGUGAAAAUAGAUGCCAAUGGCAAUAUCGUUGAUCAAGGUAGUUCAGUGUUGGGUGUAAAUAAAGCCGGUUGGACACUUCAUUCUGCACUACAUUCAACCCGUAAGGAUGUCAACUGUAUCAUUCACGUUCAUUUACCGGAUGUAAUAGCGGUGUCCUGUCUCCGUGUAGGUUUGCUGCCUGUAAGUCCAGAAGCUAUCGAACUAAUCUCAAACCAUGGUGUUCGUUAUCAUGAAUACCGAGGUAUUCUCGUUGAUGAGUCGGAGCGUGCUAGCAUCGAAAAAGACUUAGGUCCCAAAGCAAAAGUGCUGUUUCUGCGAAAUCACGGAGUAGCAGUUGCCGCUGCUAGCAUUCCUGAAGCUUGGUAUUUAGUUAAACGAGUGAUAACUGCCUGUCAAACCCAAAUGCGUCUGAUGCAACUAAGCGAUGGAGCAAGUUUAUUGUCUGACUUGAAGGACAGUGCAACACGGUUAGCCGAUAGUAAUGCUGACCAUCACGAAGAAACGGGAUCAGAUGCUUUAAAUCAUCAAGAGAAGAAUGAUUCCGUAUUAUUAAAUGGAAAAACAAGCAGUGACAAUGGAGAGGUUUCAUGGACUCCUGAAGAACUUGAAUUUGAAGCAGAAAUGCGUGUUCUGGAUAGUGCAGGUUUUCGAACUGGUCAUGUUUAUCGUCAACCUAAUUUAUUACGACGCGCUCAUCCAAGUUCAUCUUGGGCAGGAGAUACAUAUGGUGAUCAAGUUACAGGAGCUGAACUAUUGACAACUGACUUCUCCAAUAAUGAAUUCAGUGGAGUUGAAGAUAUUGCUGCUGCUGAAGCUGCUGGUGCUGAGCAAGUGGCCAAAAUUGUCGAUCACGUUCGAGCCAGUCGUCAAAAAAAUGUACAGAGAAAUCAGUGGCUGGCAAAAGCAAAUGAACCAUCAUCGCAUAAUGGGAUAGUAUCAAGUUCUAUGAUUGCAUCACCCCGUGAACAAUUGAAGAUGAAGAAUCCUGUCGACUAUCGUCCACAUCCUUUUGCUUCUGAAUCUCCUAUCUGUAUGCCUGUCAGACGAUCAGAUUCCGGCAGCACACCAACAACUGAUACGGAGAGGAAUUUUCAUUCACCUACUGAAAGUCUACACGGUGUUUCAGGUUACUCGACUUUAAACGGUUCAGUUUCUACAUCAGCAACUGCUACUCCAUCAUCACACAAUAUAACACCAACCAAACGGUUUAAUGAUCCCUCUGUAAAUAAGAGUGCGACACUACCCGCCAAUGUACAACACAUGACUGUUUUAUCAAAUUCGAAUACUCUUCAGUCUGUCGAUGGCGACCUCCUAAAUACUAAUGUCGAGGGAAGUAAAACACUUGAGAAGAAAAUCAAGAAGAAAGGCAGUUUUCGAAUGCCAUCAUUUUCCAGAAAAAAGAAACACUAGUACAGAUUCGCUUUAAUCCUCAUGUCUGUAUUUGUUUUCAAUUCAUUCUCAUGCAUUCGUCGUUGUCUUCAUUGGUCUCUUCUGCUUGUGUGUGUGUGUGUGUGUGUCAUUAUUCUACGGCUACAUACAAAGAAUGGCUGAAACACACAACAGCAGCUGCUAGUUCGACAGCAUGCAUAUAACAUUUAAACAAAGAAUGAAACAAACAAAAAAGGAAAAAAAUCAUUAGACGCGAGUUAUUUUCUUCAUCUCUCUGUGGUCGCUUACCUCCUCCUCCUUCUGCUCCUAUUUGUGUGUUUUAUUUGUCGGAAUUAGCAUUCUUUCUUUCGGCUUAUAUAAAAAAGUAAAGAAAUAUCUUCUCUUGCCAGUUAGUUGUCUGAUUAUUUUAUAAAUCUCUACACUAUUUGAUGAUUAAGCUGUAUUAUUGUUAUUAUUAUUAUUAUUUUUCUCACGUUUAUAUAUGUGAGUUUGAUUUCCGCCUUCAUUAAUUAAAUAAUAUUGUCCCCGUUAACUAUACUAUAAUAUACACUUAGCUUUAUUUUCUGAAUUGUGCCAUUGCUGAUAAGCAUCAACAUUAUAUAUACACACACAUGCUUUUUGGAUCGUAUGACACGUCAGUUUCAAUUCCUAGGUAUCAUCGCCUUCAUCAUUAUCAUCAUCAGCAUCACCAUCCUUGGUAUACUCAAUCCUUUAACAUAUAAUAUUGAUUAUAAUGAGUGUGUUACAUGAGUGUUUAAACAUCGGAUGGGGGGGAGAUGUGUAUACAUUUAUGAAUAGUGUUUCGUUUUUUCAGUGCUCUAGUGCUAUGGUGGAAUAAUAGAACCGUUGAUUCUUGUCUGUCUUUGUAUACUAACACGCACACACGGACACCCUUUCGAGACAAUUCACGUAUAUACAGUGUGACAUUUUCCAUUACACAUUGUGAAUAUAUCACAAAAUUCAGUUGGACAUUGGCGUUGUUGAAAGUUAAUUUGUCUUUAAUCCCUAAUAAUAAUUAUAUUAAAAAUUAUAUAUAAAUAUAUAUAAUUCCACAGAAUGUUGCUCUUCCUUUUUCUUCACAGUUUGUUUCUUUUCAGAUAUUAUAAUAUAUGCAUCAUUACUCUGUGGCCUAAUCUUAGUAAACCCAGUUUAUUAAUAAUAAUAUUAUUAUUUAUUAUUAUAAGUUAUGCACAAUUUUGUUUACUCUGUGAAAUGAAAUAUGCAUAUAUGAAGUAUAUAUUUCAUUUCAUUCAAACCACUGUCCCUUUUCUUUCUUUUUUUCUAAAUUACUUGUUUAUAUUGUAAGUUGUUUGUGUUAAAUUGUAGUUUUCUAUUCUAAUUCUUUCUUCUAUUUCAGAAAAAAUCUAUCUUUUUCUGUUUUUAUUGUUGUCGUUGUUGAUUUCUUAGAUCGCCACCACCGCCUCUGUGUUUUUCUUCUCUCCAUGAUACUUGUCAUUUGUGUUUGUGCUAACGCCUGAAGCUUCUUGGUUAUUAUUAUUAUUACUACUAUUACUAUUAUU